UUUCUUCUUAACCUUUCGUUUUCUUAAACAUUAAUUUCAUUUUUAUUCUUUAUAAUUUCACUUCUGCUCCACUGAUUUUUAAUUCUAAGCCAAAGAUUUCAAUACUAGGCUUUCAUUUUUUAUGUUCACUUUUUAUUUUUGGUCAUUGAUUAAAUUACUAUAGUACGAUUGCUAGAAAUAAUAAUAAUAACCUAAAACUGAGCUUUCAUAUUACUGUGGAAAGCUUCUGGGGUUGGUUUGUUUGCAUUUGGCUUACCAGGAAGGAGAAGAAGAAGAGGAAUGAAGGAAAACGGAAGGAAACAUGGCACGUUAUCGCCUUGCGCGGCGUGCAAGUUACUUAGAAGGAGAUGUGCUCAGGACUGUGUUUUUGCUCCAUAUUUUCCAGCUGAUGAGCCUCAAAAGUUUGCCAGUGUCCAUAAGGUUUUUGGGGCUAGCAAUGUUAACAAGAUGUUACAGGAAUUGCCAGAGCACCAACGAAGUGAUGCAGUGAGUUCAAUGGUGUAUGAAGCAAACGCCAGGGUUCGUGACCCUGUGUACGGAUGCGUUGGAGCAAUUUCAUCACUGCAACAACAAAUCGAUUCUCUGCAAACCCAAUUGGCACUUGCUCAAGCCGAGGUUGUUCACAUGAGAAUGCGCCAAUUCGUUUCAACGUCAUCAAAUCCAGGCCCCAGCUCCCCUGAGAACUUGCCACCACCACCACCUGCUGCUUCUUCCAAGUUCAUGCCUUCUCAGUCCAAGUCCUUUUUUUGCAUGGACACGCUUGAUCAGGCCAAUAUGGCUGAGUCUCUAUGGUCAUACUAGAUUGGAUUACGCUUGCUUGAGUUUGCUUGCUUUCGUGGCUGCCUUUUUUUAUUACUUUUUCCUCACAUAUAUUACUAUAUACCCACAGUUCUACCUGACCCAGAUGGCGUUGAUUACAAUGAUGGUGAUUAUGAUUAUGACCCAUUAACUUAUUGUAAAUAUAUAUAAUUAGAAUUUAAUUAUAAGUAAUAUCACUAGGUAGUGUAUUUCCUCAGUUAAUUAUUAAUAUAACUAUGUUUCUGUCCUUAAUUUUUUUUUAUUUCAUAUCAUAUACAUAAGUUUGCUUAUGUUAGUA